AUGUGUGUUGCUUGCGACAUACCUGCUGCAAGAAAGACUGCUGGAUUUACAGGAUUUGCAAGUACAAACGCCUGUCACAUAUGCAAGCGUCAUUUCACUGUUGUUGCUGGAACAAGUAAGAUCAAUUAUUCUGGAUUCGAUCAUGAGAACUGGGUCUCCCGAACAAAAGAGGAAAAUGCAACCGAAGCUGAGAUGUGGUUCUGCGCAGAAUCUGAUGCAGAGAGAGCUGUUUUGGAGAAGCAGCAUGGCACCCGUUUUUCCGAGUUGCAUCGCCUACACUACUUUGAUCCCGUCCGAUGCACAAUUGUUGAUCCCAUGCACAAUUUGUUUCUUGGGACAGCAAAGCGUAUGAUCAGUGUUUGGAAAGACCUGAGGUAUCUCCCAACUGCUGUUCUCGUCCGUAUGCAACGUCUUGCCGAUGGUAUUCUUGUUCCUCCUGGGUAUGCCAUUUUAUCAACAAAGAUCGAAUCUGGUUUCCCGUAUAUGAAGGCAGACGAGUGGCAAUCGUGGUGUCUGAUUUAUUCGUUGGUGGUACUAAAAGACGCUUUGCCUGAAGACGACUACAAAAACUGGACUCUCUUUGUAAAAGCAUGCCGAAAGUUGACCGGUCCUUCAGUCACAUAUUCAGAAAUUGACAGCGCACACCAGCUCCUUGGAGAAUUUGGAAAAGAGUGUGAGACUCUUUAUGGAGAGAGCAGCAUCACGCCAAAUAUGCACUUGCAUAUGCACUUGCGUGAGUCAAUGCUUAAUUUUGGUCCGGUAUACGCAUUCUGGCUGUAUAGCUUCGAGAGAUACAACGGCAAGUUGAAGAACAUCAAGACGAACCGUCGCAAUGGUCUUGAGGUCACCUUCAUGAGAGUCUUCCUGGAGAAAGCAUUCAUUG